CGGUGUGUGAAGUUAGUUAUGGUAGUUAGUUUUUGACAUCCAAGCAGAACUCUCACGAAAAGUUUUAAGUUUUGUUUACUUUCGAUUCCCAUGGCAACAAAAACGUAAAUAGAAAGUAAAAAAGUUUGUUAAAAUUAAUUAUUAGAAUUUAAAUGUGAAUUAUGGGAAGCAUGACUCGUUGGUUAGACGUGGAAGUGGGAAAUGAUGAUAUAGAUCUAAAUACUCUACCACAAAACUUAGCUUUGCUGGAUUUACAAAAUGAUAACGAAUUCAAACUCCUCGUUGGAGACUUCGGAAGAGGUGAAGAUGGGCCUAAAUUAAAGAUAUUUAAAGGAGCAAUGCAAAUAUUUGAUAUGGUACUCCCAGACUUGCCUCUAGGCGUAGUCGGUUUCUAUAUAAGUGAGACAGUGCCGCGAUCUGUUCCUAUUGUUGCCGUGGCCUAUAGCUCCUGUAUAUUCAUGUAUAGAAACUUAAAACUCUUUUAUAAGUACUACCUGCCUUCGACGGAGCUCAGUAUGUGUGAGAUGGAAGUGUGGAAGCAGCUCAAUCAGAAUCUCCUAGCAUUUAAUACAGAACAGCAACUAGAAUACUUGGAGAACAAUACAGAGUUACCAAGUAAGAAGAAUGCGGAGAUUGUCUGUGUCAGUACAUUAAAGAUGCACUCCAUAGACAAAUGGUCGGUCAGUUGUCUUGUUGUGGCUACUGAAGAUGGAGAUGUGAUGUUUCUGGAUCCUCAAACCUUCAGCCAGUUGUCUCAGGCCAAAUUAUGUGGUGUAAAGAAAACGCCAUUCCAAAUGGUAACGUCAGGACUGUACACUGUCGACUACAGAGUAACAAUCGCGACGAGAGAGAAGACAGUGUGUGUACUGAAAAGAGACUGGGCAGAAGGUCGCAUACUCUUCAACACGGAUGACCACAUCAUUGCCAUCGAGGUGGUGACGGCCGACAGCAGCGUGAUGGUCAUCUGUGCUGACCAUACCAUGGCCUGUUAUAAUAAGAAGGGCAAGAAACAGUGGUGUUUGACACUAGAACACCGUCCGGUCGCCAUGACACUCGUGCCAGUGUUGCAUCUCGGCGUCACCUUAACAGGAGUAGCGCUAGCGUCGGGGCAUGUACACUUGUAUGAUGGAAAAUCUAGAAGAGACACCGUGUUUGUUAGAGAUGUAGUGUCCGUGAUGAAGUUUGGACAAUUAGGUCAGGAAGAACAUGUACUCAUCAUUGUUACUGGAGGUGGCAAUCUAAUGCUGAAAAUUUUGAAGCGUACGGCAGAUUUCAGCGCGCACGCAGCCGGUGUAGAGAUAUCCCCGAGCGGUCCCACUGGACAGAAACCAUGGCUCAUACCUAAGAAGUCUAAACUGUUUCUAGAACAAUCUGCUAGGGAGAGAGAAAAUGCUGCUAGUAAUGAUGCACGAAACGUUCCAACACGAGCUGAACAGACUGCGCCUGCUGGCCGCGCGGACGUUGCUGGAGGCGCACGUGCGCUCCGACAACUCGGUCGGCACCGGGCCCAUGGAGGCCAUGCGGCUUACUGCUGAGGUGGAAGGCCUAGGUCCAGUGUUCCGGGUGACGUUGAUAAUAGAGAACAACUCCAAAGAAAAGGCAGUGAUCGGACUCGCCAUACUAUUCCACGUCCACACUGUCAACUAUAAGGUCUCCAAUCCUUAUAUCAAGGUGCCUCUUCUCUCACCCGGUGGAAAACUAAAAUUCCCAACGAAAAUCGAAGAAGUAUUUGACGACAAUAUAAGCCCGGACGUUUUAUUCCGCCCUGUCACUGGACAAGGAGGGGAAAGAUCUUUAAUCAAAGUGCUCUUACUAAAGGAGGGCAGAAAAACUCCAGUACUUGCAGCUACAGUACAAAUGCCACCCACAGACCCUAUGAUGUUACCCUUCGAUAAAAUGCAGACAAUCGCUGGACUUGACUCCAAUGAUGACCCGAAUUGGGCCCCAAAAACGUAAAUUGCCAUUAAACGCCAUCUAGUGUCUAGUUAUAAUACUUAUGAUGUGUGGUAAAGCUAAGAGAUGGCGUAGUUGAAAGAGGUUUUAUUUAAAAAUAUGUUUGUGAUAAACGUGUACAUAAAAUACUCUAAAUAAAUUGAUAUUAUUUUA